AUGGAAGAAUAUUCAGUUGCUGCUCAAAUAUGGAAACUGUCAUCAAUUGAUAUGUGUGAAAUAGCACGAAAUUCUGUUUUAAUGAGUGGUUAUCCGGAUGAAGUUAAAAAAGCUUGGCUUGGAGUAGAUUAUAAACAAGCUGGUAUUGCUGGUAAUGAUAUGCAUCGUUCAAAUGUACCAAAUACUCGAAUAGGUUAUCGGUAUGAUGUACUUUGUGAAGAACUUCAUUUACUUAAAGUUGCAUAUCAUAGUCGACAAGAAGUUAUCUUAUUUCAUUUAUAA